GGACACGAUCAGGGAAUUGGACGUCUUCGACAUCCAAAAUGAGCUCGAAAAGAUCUCUAAAAAUGAUUUCAAGGUCUCUAUAAGGCUCUCAAGCGGAGAUGUUCUCUUGCAAACUCGUGACGCACAACAAUUGAAUGCCCUCAAAAAUUUGUCUACAUUCGGGCCUGAUAAUAAACCAGUCAGUGUUUCCGAGAAUGGGGUUCUAAACCAAUCCCAUGCAAUAAUACGAUGCAAAGAAAUAAUGAAACUCGAGAUAAAGAGAAUAAUUGAGGGAUUAUCAGCACAAAAGGUUGUGAAUGUUCAAAGGUUGAAGAGAAAAGUUGGCAAUUCCUGGGUGGACACGGCUACGCACGUGCUCACUUUUGACUCUCCCACAAUUCCCGCCGAAAUGAAAGUAGGAUUUCUCACAGUGAAAACAGAAAUUUAUAUUCCAUCUCCCUUCCGCUGUGCAGUGUGUCAGAAGCUUGGUCACACUAAAAAGCGCUGCAAUUCGAAACAAAACAAACCUACUUGCGGCUUUUGUGCCGAAGAAUACCACAUGUACGGCCCUUGUCUUCCUCCGAAAUGUGUGAACUGCCGCGGUGAACACCCAAGUUCCUACAAAUUGUGCCCCAAAUUCAUUGAAGAAAGGGAGAUAAAUGCAAUCAGGGUGACGAUGAGAAUCCCGUAUAAUCUCGCCAGAGAAGAACUACAGAGGAGGAAAGGAACUUUUCCUUCUUCUUCCCCAAUCAAUGCUCCUAAGCCAACCCAUAAUUCCCUUUCUUCGGGGAGAUCUGCCGAAAAAUCUACCUUUUCCCAAAUAGUCAUCCGUUCACAGCAACCAUCAACUUCAUCAAGCAAUACCCUGACAAGUACAAACCCAAACACCAAAAUGAUCUCUAAAUCUAAGGAGAAGUUAAAUGUUAAUUCGGUAUCGAAGCCUCAACGUCAAAAGAAAAUCACACCCAAAGCUUUCAAGAAAAUCAUGGCAGAAGAACUUUCAAGUUCACAAAUCAGCUCAUACUCACAAUCUCCUUCUCAAAACUCAAACAAUCAAAACUCCCUUUCAAACGCCAACAUUACACCAUCUACUGAACCAAACCACCAUCAAAUUAGCCAAAACUACAAUUCAUUCAAGAAUGACAACAACUCACACAACCCACAAGAUCAAGCCACUGGCUUUACCGGCUUUGCCGAAACAGAACUUAAUCUCACUCCCCCCUCCCAAAUCACUUUUCCCCUUUCCCAUCCCUCCCCCAUUCCUUCCUCUUCCCUUUCCCUUCCCCACACCUCAGACCCCCCUGACCCCCAAUACUGUCCCUCCCCACCGGACUCCGAACUCGACGACGACAUGGACUAUUCAUCCCCCUCACCUGAAAAUAAAUCUCCUGGCGACGAUUCACCGUCUCACAGUGAUUCGUCUAUGUAAAACACUUUAUGGCCAAUAAUUCAAGAAAUAUUGCACACAAUUCUCAAUCGAAUUCCGUCUCAAAUAGUCAACAUCCUACUCCAGUCCCGAUCUGCUCUUUUUUGCAAUGGAACUGUCGAGGUUUUUGGCCUCGGAAAUCAGAACUCGAUUUAAUUUCAAAAUCAAAAUCCCCGACUGCAAUUGCUCUUCAAGAAACACAUUUAAAAAUUAACCCGAAAGAUCCUUAUUAUCCACAUUUAAAUGGUUACACAGCCUAUCAUUCUAACACCUCCAGUAAUCCUAAGAUGAGUGGAGGAGUUUCUAUAUUCAUACAAAAUGGUUGGAAUUCUCACAGGAUCCCCCUUAAAACCAAAAUUGAAGCUAUCGCUGUUCGUAUAUCAUGGCAUAUCCCAAUUUCAUUAGUUUCAAUUUACAUUAGCCCAAGUACUUUUAUUCCUAAAGAAAAACUUUUUCACCUAUUUAACCAAAUUCCUCCCCCCUACUUGAUCAUGGGGGAUUUUAACGCUAGCCACUCUCUUUGGGGCAGUAAUAAAGUUGACUACCGUGGACAUAUGUUAGAAGACAUAAUAACUAGUAACAAUUUGGUCUUACUUAAUGACGGAUCGGCUACAAACUUAUCAGUUGCUCACGGAACAUUUAAUGCUGUCGAUGUAACCCUAUGCGAUCCUUCCUUGGCCUCCAGGCUUAUUUGGGAAGUAUCUCAGGACCUACAUGCUAGUGACCAUUUCCCGAUAUUUAUAACAGAUAUAGACUCUCCUCCUAAUAAAAUAACAAAAAAUCAAAAAUGGGUUGAAAGUUCUGCAGAUUGGGACAAAUUCCAAACAAUUCUUCAAACCAAUGAUC